AUGUCACAAAAACCUAGACCAAAAACCAUGCAAUACAAAGAAAAGUUUGAAUGGAAGAGACCUGAUGAGCCACGAGGAAUGAUAAUGAAAUUCAUUAAACCUGCAUUAGGUGAUGUUAUUGUUGUCGAUCACGAACAAGUUGAAAUCAACCCAAACAAUUAUACAAUUGGUGCUACUACUUAUUUUUACUAA